UAUUUAAAUGGGAAUAUAGUGUAAGCUGUGGUUAAGGCAAUUGGGAAAUCUAUAAUAUAAUUUAUGUGAAUAACUAUGCUUAGCUGACAUUAGCAAAAGAUCCUUUGCAGCAUAGCAUUUUCUUGGCAGCAGCGAUUACAAAUAACGUAUUUUUUUUAUCGAUAAUUUAAAGCGUUUUAUUUUUGAAAAUUUUAAAUUCAAGCUUGCUUCAUUUUUAAAUUGGCUAAUAAUACUGAUGGGUAACUAAAUGUUGUUCAAAAUGAAAUCAAAAAUCGCCUAUGAAGCAAACACAAAUGCUAACUCUAAUCUUACAUUUGCCAUUACUAGCUAAACAAAAAAAGGCUUAUCAUGCUGGCCAUAUCUAUAAGCGUAUCAGAUUCGCAAUAAUCUAUAUUAUUGAGCAUUAUUUACUUCAAUUUAAAGUAGUCCAUUUAAUUUAUGACUAUAUUUAACUCGGCUCUCUUAUAAAAAAAGAGUAUUUUAUUGACAGGAAGAGUAGUGCGUGCUUAGCCCUACUUCAGUAUCGAAUUGGCGGCGGCUAUCGUGCCUAUUAUUUUCCGCAAUUAUUUACACAAUGUUUGAGGUGUGGGUGUGCUAGAAAGAGAGACAGAAAGAGAGAGAGAGAAAGAGCAGUGUGUUUUAACAUAAUAAUGCGGCUAAACUGAUAACCGGAACCCAUUCAAAAGCAAAAGAAUAUAUUGCCAAAAUUGAUAAGGCCUAUCGUGUUAUAAUAAAUAUUAUUCAUACUCGCAUUCGCAAAGCCAAAAGAGCAAUUCAUUUCUGACCAUUAGUCGCGCUUGUGCUUUCUGGAGUGCUGUAUUAUGUCGCCAAUCGAUCGGAAAUAUUGCAAAAUAGUCUACGUUACCCAACUGAAUGUGUCAAAUUUGUUUGAAGUAUAUGAAGCAAGAUAACUGAAAGUUAUAAAUAGAAAUAUUGAACUAAAAGAGUUUAAGCAAAAAAAGUUCAAUGAAAGGCAAUAUACUAAUAGCAAGAAACCGAGAAAAUUUAGAAAAACAUAGAACUAUAUAUACUUUCGAUAAAAGUUUGGUGGAAUAACGCAAAAAUGACAAUCGUAUUAAGAGCUUGUUUGAUUGUGUUUCUUCUUCAUUGGAAUAUCAACGAGUCAAGUUUUCAGGAUGCGGAUCUAGUGCCUGAAAUUCCUCUUCAAAGUAGUUUACAUUUGAGCGAAAAUUUAAAUAAUGCAUUUGAAAAUGAUAACCAAAAUACUGAAGGCCCAGAAACCAAUACAGACUCCACUGAAGAUACAGAUAUGAACUCGGCAUUUGUCAAAUACAGCACUGAUGAUGGGAAUACAUGUCUUUUGGAUAACAUUAAACAGGAUAUACUAUGGUGGGCAUUUCCUAAUGGAACUCUAAAAACCACAAGUGCUAAGUAUGCUACCAAUAUGCAUUUGGAUCUUUCAUAUGGCAAUAUCUCAGAUGACGAAGAAUUGCUAAAUAAAACGAGAUUCGCUCAUAGAUAUAGACUUCAAAAAGUCGAAGUUUUCUCAGCUGCCUACAAUUCACUAAAUGCAGUACCAUUCCAAACUUUGAACACAAUGAGUAAAUCAUUAAAAUAUCUAUCCCUGCAAGGUAACCAGUUUGCAGCUCUCAACCAUGAUGUGGAAGCAAUUGAGCAAUUUUUACAUGAAACACUAAACACCAACCCAGACAAUGGCACACAAAUCAAUUGUGAGGUUUUAGCCGACAAUAAUAAUAAUAAUUAUGAUCUUUAUGAUCGGGAAUGCUCAUCAUACCAUCAAAGCAAUAAAAAAAUUGACUCUCAAAUAAAUACACAAGAUAUUAUUUAUGAGGAGUACAUUCGGAAAAUUAAAAUAAAACACAAAAGAUUCGGCAAGUCAAUGCAAAGUAUAGCUUGGGCUACUUUUCCGAGUCUGCCGAAUUUGUUGGAGCUCGAGAUUAGCAACUGCAGCAUUGAGUAUGUGAGCAGAAAGGCAUUUAAGAAUGUGACAAAUCUGCGGAAGCUUUUCAUAUCCAACAACAAAAUAAUGACUAUUGAUAUUGAUACCUUUUACUAUAUACCUAAACUACAAUAUUUAGAUCUGUCAUUUACAAAUGUCUUGAACUACAAUUAUCUGUUCUCGAUGCCAACACUUGAGAUGAUCUUCAAUCUAGUAUAUGGACUAAAAAUACAUCAAGCCGCGUUCAAGUAUUUGCCAGAUCUAAUUUACUUGGAUCUGUCGCACUCGAAAAUUACGAAAAAUAGUGCCGUUGCCUUUACAUAUCUUGGCGAUAAGCUGAAGUAUCUUAGUUUAUGCUACACUUCGUUUCCCAUGAUGAGCAACGGCUUGUUUAAGAAUACAAUUCUGGAGGGCCUCGAUUUAUCCGGCAAUCCAUUUGUUUCGUAUAAUAUUUUGGACGAUGCCUUCGAUAGCACAAGCGAAACACUGAAAUUUCUAUUCUUUGAGCACUCCAAUCUCAAGGACCUUGACUGGUUGAAACCCCUGAAUAAAUUGCAAUUAUUGUCCCUAGCGGGGAACAAUAUAAAUGCCCUCGACGUUGAUAUAUUCAAGUCUCUGGUUAGUCUGAAACAGCUUGACCUGAGCUACAACCACAUUGGCAAUUGGUAUAAAAGUGUCUUCUCCCAUAACAAACAACUGAGAGUUCUCAAUUUGCGCAGCAACAAUGUCAACAUGUUGACCACGGAGAUGUUAAAGGAUUUCGAGUUAUUGGAAUAUUUGAGCUUAGGCAGCAAUAACUUCCUCUGUAAUUGCAAUCUGCGGGAGAUCGUUGAGGUAGCUGCUAAUAAUAACAAAGAAGCCAGCUGCUCCAUUGAUUAUUUACAAACCGCAGCGGAUGAGCUAAUUUAUCAGUUGAAUGACAGCAACAUGAGUCGAUUGAGUAAUGUCCUGAACAAUCAUAUUGAAUGGGAGCUGUGGAAUCGAAAAUAUAUUCCGUUGCUUAACGACAGCUAUAAGAACAUUAAGGACUUCAAACGCCUCAAGAAUAUCGUCAAACUGCAUUUUGUUUCAAAUAAUAUAAGUAGUAGUCAAUGCCCUGUCUCAAGGCCGACCACUGUGAAUGAUACGAAACUGAAAUUUCAAUUACUGGACUAUGAUGCAAAGAACUAUUGGUGUUUCAAUGAGACGGAAAAGUUGCAGGUGGAUGAAUUAGUUUGCCAGAGUCGCAACUUAAUUGUCCUCGAGAGGGAGCUACAUAACGCAAUGAAGAUCAUCACAGCUACAGUUGGCAGCCUUCUCUUCAUGUUCAUUCUGGGAUUUGUAAUAUACCUGAAGCGUUGGCACAUUCACUACUAUUAUGCCUCACUUAAGUCAGCAGCGCUUUUAUCUACUGCUGCUAAAGAUAGGAUCCGACAUCUAGCCGAAAGUGACCCGAGUGUUAUAUAUGAUAUAUUCAUUAGCUAUUGCCAGAACGAUCGACAAUGGCUUUUGGAUGAGCUGCUGCCAAAUGUGGAGAAAUCUGGUGAUAUUUCAAUAUGUCUGCAUGAACGUGAUUUUCAGAUCGGAGUGACUAUAUUGGAUAAUAUUAUUUCGAGCAUGGAUCGUUCGCGCUCUCUUAUGCUACUAAUAUCAUCAAAGUUUUUACUCAGCCAUUGGUGUCAAUUCGAAAUGUAUCUGGCUCAACAUCGUAUCUUUGAAAUGAGUAAAGAGCAUUUGAUACUCGUAUUUCUGGAAGACAUACCGCGUAGCAAACGUCCGAAAACUCUACAGUACCUAAUGGAUAUAAAGACCUACAUUAAAUGGCCGAGUAAAGGAAAUAAACAGCCAUCAUUGGAAGAACGGAAAUUGUUUUGGAAACGUCUAAGAAAGUCUUUGGAGUCUAUUGGCAUUGGCACAAAAGAUUCCAGAGUCUAAGCGCUGUCUAGAUUUUAACAUACACAAAUAUUCUAGUCUGUUUAUUAAGUACCUGAUAUACACAUUAAUUAAUUUUAUGAAUAAUAUGAAAACCGCUUGACUUCAGUAUAUUUUAAGGAAUAAGCAUUAAAUUAGAUUAAAUUUAA